AUGAAAAUUAUCGAUUCAGGCCCAACCUCUGGUGGGGAGAGAACGCGUGUAAAUAUAACCACGAAGGAUACUCCAAAAGGACUAAGUGUCUGGCUAGCAAACUACCUACCCAAAUCUGAAAAAUGCGGAAUAAAAAGGGUGUUCGAAAGGCGAAAAAAACAAAUCUACAACACGAGUGAGAGGUCCGUAGGAGAGAAACCAAUACCAAAGCUCUUAGAUCACGUUAGGAUAAAGACUGAUGUCGUUGUCUGA